AUGAGGACGAAACCUGGAGCUCCGGCUACAGCAAGAGACAAAGGCCCCGCCAAACCCGGAAGCCGUCCAGUCCGCUCCAGCUGCAUGCCUGAUUGGACGGUUUCCAGCGCAGCGUCCCUGGGGCUGCUGACAUUUAGGGAUGUGGCCAUAGAAUUCUCUCUGGUGGAGUGGCAAUGCCUGGACACUGCUCAGCAGGAUUUGUAUAGGAAAGUGAUGUUAGAGAACUACAGAAACCUGGUCUUCUUAGAAUGUGGCAAAGGCUUUAACUGGUUCUCACCCCUUACUAGACACAGGGGAAUUCAUACUGGAGAGAAAUCCUACAAAUGUGAAGAAUGUGGCAAAGCUUUCAAGCAGUCUUCAACCCUUACUACACAUGAGAUAGUUUAUACAAGAGAGAAACCCUACAGAUGUGAAGAAUGUGGCAAAGCCUUUCACUGGUCCUCACACCUUACUACACAUAAAGAAAAUCAUGCUGGAGAGAAACCCUACAUAUGUAAAGAAUGUGGCAAAGCUUUUAAGUGUUCCUUAACCCUUACUACACACAGGAGAAUUCAUACUGGAGAGAAGCCCUACAAAUGUGAAGAAUGUGGCAAAGGCUUUAACUGGUCCUCAACUCUUACAAACCUCAGAGAAUUCAUACCAGAGAGAAACCCUACAAAUGUGGCAAAGCAUUUAAUGAAUCCUCAAAUCUUACUAUGA